AUGAUCGGAAGGAAGACCAGAACCGUUUUGACCCUCGAGCAGAAAGAAGAAAUCCUCCAAUCGCUUGAAGGAGGCGAGACUCAAGCUUCUCUGGCCGAGAGAUACGGAGUCGACAGGAGCACAAUAUCCAACAUCAAGAAGAAUGCUUCGAAAAUCAAAGAAUUUCGCCAGUCUGUGACAGAACAAGGAGCAUCAACGAGCGUCAAGUCUCAUCAUUCGUCGAGCCAAACUGUGGCUUCACACAAGGUGAUGAAAACCGCGAAAGACGAAAUGCUCGAAGCGGCUUUGUACAAGUGGUUUGUACAGAAGCGUACCCUCGGGUUUCCUUUUUCUGGCUUCAUCAUUUGCCAGAAAGCUCUGGAGCUCAAUCAGAAGCUUGGAGGGGACCCUGAGUUCAAAGCAAGUCAAGGUUGGUUGGGAAAGUUCAAGAACCGCCAUGGGAUCCGAGAAUUGGAAGUCCAAGGUGAGAGGAUGUCCUCCGACGUGGAAGCUGCUGAACGAUUUGUGUCCGAAUUCAAUGGUCUCCUGCACGACGGAGCUUUCGAUCUCGAUUUCAUCUACAACGCGGAUGAAACAGGACUCUUUUAUAAGGCCUUGCCCAGCAGAUCAUUGGCAGCUCGGAAUGAAAGGACGGCUCCAGGGCACAAAAGUAGCAAAGAACGAGUCACCGCGAUGGUGUGCGCUAAUGCCACAGGUCGUCACAAGAUCUCGAUGUUGAUCAUUGGUAAAUCACGGAACCCUCGGUGCUUCAAGAACAUUCGCAUUCCGGUGGAAUACAGAGCGCAGAAGAGGGCAUGGAUGGAUCGCGAGAUCUUUCUCGACUGGUACCAGAACGUCUUCAUUCGCGAAGUCGAAGAGAAUCAGAGGAUUCUCGGCAAGGAAGGCAAGGUGUUACUGCUGUUGGACAAUGCCCCAUCCCAUCCGCCGAUCGAUAUGUUGCCGACACAGAAUGGAAAAUUCGUCGUAAUUUUUUUGCCUCCGAAUGUAACCGCGCUUCUUCAGCCCAUGGACCAAGGCGCGAUUGAAUGCCUGAAGCGAAUGUACCGGAAGCAAAUCAUGAUUCGACUGUUUGCCCUCGAUGAUGGGAACAACGCCUUAAUGCGAGAUUUCAACAAGAUCAUCAAUCUAAAGGAUUGUUGCUACAUGCUGGCCGAGGUCGAUUGCGCUCCGGAUGCUAUCGAAGAUUUCGUCGAGCCUGUGAUCCUUGGGGAGCAACUCCGUAAGGUCCCUGGAUUCAUGGAUUGCGAUCCGGAGAACAUAUUGGAGUGGUUGGCUUGCGACUCCACUGAUACUGGGCAUCACUAUCUCACCGAUGACGAAAUCGUCGAGGAGGUUCGAGCAGUCUACGCAGACGACGGGGAGUCAGGAGCCGAUACGCAGGAAGACUCACAAGAGGAAGAAGAGGACGAUUCUCCUCCGCCGGAUGUCCCGACCGCUGCGCAAGCAGCGGACGCUUUGCAGACCGCCUUGCAGUGGCUCGAAUCGCAACAAAACUGCGAUUUAUCCGAUUUAAUUCGACUUGCCCGAUUGCGGGCCGCUGCUUUUGCAAUGGGCACGAACUAG